UUAAGUCCAGGGGAGGGGGCAGAGGUUGGGGUAUAAAAAGAGGUGACAAGAGGCUCUCAGGGCAGACGGCACAUCACUGAAGGAUUACAGCACAGUCAGCAGCGGGACCGCAGGACAGGCUCACACAGCACCAGAACAGACACCGAACACAGAAAUGCCCGGAAAGGUCUUUAAGAAAACCAGCCCCAAUGGGAAGCUCUCUCUGUACCUGGGGAAGAGAGACUUUGUGGAUCAUGUGGACUCUGUGGACCCAGUGGAUGGAGUGGUCCUUGUGGAUCCUGAAUAUCUUGGGGACAGGAAAGCCUACGUGACGAUGGCCUGUGCCUUCCGCUACGGCCGAGACGACCUGGACGUGAUUGGGCUGUCAUUCAGGAAGGACAUCUACCUGGCCACCCUCCAGAUCUACCCCCCCGAGGGUGGAGAGAAGCCCCCCAACACCCCCAUGCAGGAGCAGCUGCUGAAGAAGCUGGGAGCAAAUGCCUACCCUUUCCAUUUCGAGGUAGAUAAUAUCUCACUUCCACAGUCC